GAUGAUCCUUCUACCCAGUCUAGUAGCAUUAGGUCUAUGUUUCCUAUGGUUAUUGUUUAUUAGAAAUCACUAAUCAGUACCAAAAUAAAUUGUUUAUAAUUAUUCAUCAUUGUUGUGUUUGUUAAUUAACUUUCAAAUAAAAAUAUUAAAUUAACGAGAUUUUUGUUGAUACUUUUCAAUUUCUUUGAAAAUGGCAAAUAAGCUAGCAAUUGUUACUGGUGGAAACAAAGGUAUUGGUUUUGCAAUAGUUAAAGCUUUAUGCCAACAUUUUGAAGGCGAUGUAUAUCUUACGGCUAGAGACGUACAAAGAGGUGAAAAAGCCGUGAAGGAAUUGAAUGCGUUAGGCCUUAAGCCUAAAUUUUACCAACUAGAUAUUACCGACGAUGGGAGUAUAUCAAAUUUCAAAACUUACUUGGAAAAAAAUCAUAGUGGAAUCAAUGUUUUGGUUAAUAAUGCUGCAAUUGCUUUUAAAAUGGCUGCUACUGAACCAUUUAGUGUACAAGCUGAAGAAACUUUACGAGUAAACUAUUUUUCAUUGCAAAAGGUUUGUGAUGCUUUAUUUCCAUUACUCUUGCCAGGUGCAAGAGUGGUAAACGUUUCCAGUUCCGCUGGCCAUUUAUCUAAUAUUCCAGGUAUUGAGUUAAGGCAAACUCUAUCAUCGCCUGAAUUAACUGUUGACAAAUUAGAUUCUCUUAUGCAACAGUUCAUAGAAUCGGCUAAACAAGGAAAUCAUGAAGACUUUGGUUGGCCAUCACGAGCAUAUGCUGUAUCAAAAGUAGGAGUCAGUGCAUUGACAAUCAUACAACAAAGACAAUUUAAUAGUGAUAGUGAUAUUAUAGUAAAUAGUGUCCACCCAGGUUAUGUUGACACUGAUAUGACCAGUCAUAAGGGACCGUUAACUAUUGAUGAGGGUGCAGUUGCUCCGGUUUACUUAGCGUUGUUACCAGAAGGUGAAAAAAAUAUCAGAGGAAAGUAUAUAUGGUGUGAUAAAACAGUUAGAGAUUGGUACAAAAAUUAAUUAAUUUAUUAUUAUAAUACUGAUAUUGAAUUAUGUGAAUUAAAGUUAUACCAACACUUCAUUAAAAAUUGUAAUGCAUUAGAAUUAUUUUCACAUUUAGUUUAUAAAUAAAAUAUUUAAUAUAUUUACAUAUUUUUAA